AUGUUUUCUAAUAAUAAUCGAUUCCUAUUUUCAGACAUAAUAGAAAAUGAUUUGGAAAAUUAUAAAAUGAGAAAAUUAAAUAAACAAAGGAUAGGUUGUAAAUAUUGUGAUAAAUUUUUCUCAUCGAACCUCAUUUUAAGUAAACACAUAACAAAUGAUCAUCCUGGAGAAAUAAACGAUUGUGACAGAACAUUUAAUCAUCCUAGUUCGUUAAUGUAUCAUAAGGAAUCCGUUCACAACGAUGGACGAAGAUUUGUUUGCAGCAAAUGUGGCAAAUCCUUUACUCAUAAACAAUUGCUACAACGACAUCAAAUGGUACAUUCGGAUUCAAGACCGUUUCCUUGUCCAGAUUGUGGUAUUCGAUUUAAAACAAAAUCAAAUUUAUUUAAUCAUAAAGUAGUGCACACGGGUGAAAAAAAAUUCAGUUGUCAAUUAUGCAAUCAGCAAUUUGCUCACAAAACUAGCCUAACUUUACAUCUUAGAUGGCACAAAGGUUACAGACCCUUUCAGUGCCCGAUAUGUCAAAAACGUUUCACUCAAAAUGGAAAUUUGCGUGAGCACAUGAGAAUACACUCGGGUACCAAACCCUACGGUUGCGAAUAUUGUGGAAAACAUUUCACGACAUCUUCGCAACAUAAACUUCACGUGAAAAGGCAUACGGGAGAUCGUCCUUGGAAAUGUAGUCAUUGUGGCAAAUCUUUUCUACACAAAGACACGUGGAAAACACACGAAAGGCGUCACACUGGGGAAAAACCUUUUCAAUGUACAUUUUGCAUGAGAGGAUUUGCCGAGCAUUGGUCUCUUAAGAAACACGUUAGGUUACAUACCGGCGAAAAGCCUUAUAAGUGUUUGACUUGUGGAAAAGAAUUUGCUGAUUGUUCGAAUUUGACCAAGCAUCGAAAAGUUCACAAUGGCGGAACCGCACCUAAAAUAGACAACACGGUUUGGAGUAUAAUUAAAUCGCAUCUUAUCGAUGGUAUAGCACAACCGGAACAACCCGAAGACGUACAACAAAUAAUUUACGUUACUUACCAAGAAAACGAAGAUGCCAAUUCUGGAAAAACGUUGCAUUUAGUUGAAAACAUCCAGAACGAAGCCGACGAGGUAUUCACGUCAUGCUUUUUUAUCACUUAUUGA